ACUCGAACUGCCCCUUGUACCCUAUUUAUCUAUAUGAACAGCAUAAAUUUAUCAAUCAAUAAGCCUGCUUGUUUUGUUUAAUUUCCUCUUCAUCCUGCUUAAUUCAACUAAGAUAACUCAGGUCUUACAUGAUGGGUGGAGGUUCGACCGAUGAUGAUUGGGAGCUUACUUCUCCGUCGAUUGCAGUUCGAACAUUGGUUUUAUUUGGGCGAACAGGCAAUGGAAAAAGUGCCAUUGGCAACACCAUUCUUGGAAGAAAAGCCUUUAAAUCAAUGGCUAGAUCAUCUGGUGUGACCAGUACUUGUGAGCUGCAACAAACUGUACUGAAAGAUCAAAUUAUUAAUGUCAUUGACACUCCUGGGUUGUUCGAUUUAUCAGUUGGAUCUGAAUUUGUUGGCGAAGAAAUUGUGAAAUGUAUUGAUUUGGCAAAGGACGGGAUCCAUGCAGUCCUUGUAGUCUUCUCAGUCCGGACUCGUUUUUCUCAAGAAGAAGAAGCUGGACUUCAUAGCUUGGAGACAUUGUUUGGAAGCAAAAUAUUUGAUUAUAUGAUUGUUGUCUUCACGGGAGGUGAUGAACUCGAAGAUAAUGAUGAGACUCUAGAAGAUUAUUUGGGUCGAGAAUGUCCAGAGCCUUUAAAGGAAAUUCUUGCUUUGUGUAAUAAUCGGCGAGUGCUUUUUGAUAACAAGACAAAAGAUGAGCUAAAGAAAGUUGAACAACUUCAGCAACUUCUGUCCCUUGUUAACAUGGUCACAUCACAGACUGGUGGACAACCCUAUACUGAUGACUUGUUUGCUGAAUUGAAGAAAGGGGCUAGGAAACUUCAUGAUCAACGAGAAGUGGUUACGUCCUUAAAAGGAUAUUCAGAGCGCGAAAUAUUGGAGCUGAAGGAGCAGAUCAAUGCAUCAUACGAAGAUCAGCUCAAGCGGAUCACUGAGAUGGUCGAGGCAAAGCUCAAAGAGACAAACACUAGACUUGAACAGCAAUUGGCAGCGGAGCAAGCUGCACGGCUGGAGGCACAAGAGAUUUUCCAACUAGCUCAAAAGAAAUCAAAUGAUGAAAUCCGCAUACUCAUUCAGAACUUAGAGAAAGCGGAGAAGGAGACUGAGGAACUCCGUAAGCAAGCAGAAAGUCGCCGUUUCACCCACAUGCUCAGGGAGAAGUUAGAGAAAGCACGGAAGGGGAUUGAGGAGCUCCGUAGGCAAGCAGAAAGCAUACUGAGGGGGAAGUUAGAGAAAGUGCAGGAGGGGACUGAGGAGCUCCGUAGGCAAGCGGAAAGUCGCUGUGUCAUUCUCUGACAUUAUAAUAUGCAUGCUACCACCCAGAUUGUUGUAUAGAUGCAAUGCAAAGUGAAUUGUCUUUUGCUCAUGGAGUGGUUGCAUUGUAUAAAACCUUGAUCCACUGCUACGUAAAUGUAUGAAAUGUAUAAAUUGCGGGUUUACUGAUGUAUAAAUUGUGUGUUUGAGAGUGUCUACUCGUAGUUUACAGGAUUGA